AGUCUUCAGUCGACUUCCAACUCUGUCACGUCGAGGCGGCUUUCAGCGCCUUCUACUUCCUUUUUUCCGUUUGUCUGUUCCUUUUUUUAAAACGACCUUUCUGAUAGUAUAAAAAGACGUCACCAGUUCCCAAUUGUUUAUUUUGAAUUGCGCAUUUGGCAAUUAUCACUUGCUUUUAUUUUCAUCUACGAAAGUUGUGCAACGAUUCUGCAACGGCGGCACCGCCGAACCGGAUUAUUUUAAAUCUUCUCCCACGAACAUAGCGCUGUGGAAUCAGUUUCAUGGCCCGUAUCGACUUGUCAACGGACCAUUGAAAAAGACGAUCAGCCCAAAUCUCCGAGAAACAACAACAUCCUCGUUUUAUCGGCAAACUAAGGAUUUUGAAGGAAGUUAGUGCUAAGCUACAUUCGCCAUGGAUGAAUCGCCGUUACCCGUUCCUCGGACAGGAGCAGGAGAUGCCCCAAAAGAUCCUGGAAUAGCAUCCAACUGUCACCAAUCCUACACAGAAAAGGAUUACGAAGGCCAUCGAGCUCAUACGAUGUACGUGGGUGUUCACGUUCCUUCCAGCGGGAACAAGCGGCGCUCUUCACAUCAUCGACGACACCGGCAUCACCAUCGUCAUCAGCAUCAACCUGGCAUAGCUGAAGAGGCUUCGCCGGCUGAUAAUUCUGCUAUACCGCCUUCUCAGCGUGUCCAGUUCAUCUUGGGAGAAGAAGCUGAUGGUGACGAUGGGACUCACGAAUCUCAUCCGCUGUUCUCCGAGAUGGAGGAGCUCUGCUACAACCACGACGCCGGUGAAGUCGAGUGGAACGAAACUGCGCGUUGGGUCAAGUUCGAGGAGGAUGUAGAAGAAGGUGGUAGCCGUUGGUCGAAGCCUCACGUAGCCACUUUGUCACUACAUUCGCUCUUUGAGCUCCGCAGCCUCUUGCUCAACGGACCCGUCCUUUUGGACGCUGAUGCUCAGACACUCGUCCAGAUCACAGAUCUUACUAUUGACAUGAUGGCUAAUUCUGGACAUCUUCCCUUCAAUGCCAAGGACAGGGUUCGUGAAGCUCUGCUCAGGCGCCAUCGUCAUCUCUACGAGAAGAACAAGGAGCAAAACAGCGCAGCCAAACUGCCCAUUAUCCGCUCGCUGGCCGACAUUGGCCGAAACUAUUCAACAUCGCGAAGUUCGCUCCUGAUGGACGAAUCGAUGACGUCAAUGACACCAAUUAAGGUGACGCUAACGGCUGCCGAUAGCCACGACGGAAACGAUAUCCUUUUGUUGGAACAUCUAGUGCCAGUGGCCAGUAAUUUUAGGCAUCAUCAAUCAGACAAACCGGACAAGCCGUUCCUUGCCCUUCCAUCCGAUAGACGGGCAUCGUGGGCGGGCACCGCAUCUCAAAGUCAUGCCAAUAUGGCUGCAAGUCCCAGCGCCGCUUCGAUGCUCCGCAACGCCAGUGAGAAAGACAUGGGCAAUGGGGACGUUCACAAAGGCAAUACGUCGUUCUUGAAAAAGAUUCCACCGGGAGCCGAAGCCUCGAAUGUAUUGGUGGGAGAAGUAGAUUGUCUUGAAAAACCUGUUUCGGCGUUCAUCAGACUGGUCCAGCCGGUCGUUUUGGGCGAUUUGACAGAAGUUCCAGUUCCGACUCGUUUCAUUUUCAUACUUCUAGGACCAGUGGGAGGACAAGCGAGUUAUCACGAAGUGGGCAGAGCGAUGGCCACGUUGAUGUCGGAUGAGGUGUUCCAUGAAGUGGCCUACCGAGCCAAGAACCGCGACCAUCUCUUGGCCGGUAUCGACGAGUUCAUGGAUGCCGUCACCAUCUUGCCGCCUGGCGAAUGGGAUCCUCAGAUCCGUAUUGAACCACCGGCUGCCAUUCCAUCUCAGAGUAUGAGAAAAUUCCCUGAGAAGAACAAGGAAGAAGUGAAUGAAGAGGAGGAGGAAAGUAAAGUGCGAGAAACUUCUGGUCUAUAUCGCACGGGAAGAUUAUUCGGUGGAUUGAUCAAUGAUGUCAAACGGAAAUUGCCGUGGUAUUGGUCAGAUUACAAGGAUGCCAUGUCGAUCCAAUGUCUAGCGGCUUUCACCUUCCUCUACUUUGCCUGCCUCACACCCUUGAUCACGUUUGGUGGAUUGCUUGGUGAUGCCACCGAGAAUCGUCUUGGCACCAUGGAGUCCCUGUGCUCAGGAUUUCUCUGCGGAAUUAUUUACGGCAUCUUUUCUGGCCAACCUCUCACCAUUCUCGGUUCAACUGGUCCCGUCCUCGUCUUUGAGAACAUUCUCUACGAUUUUUGCAAGAAAUAUGAGCUGGAUUAUUUGGGUCUGCGCUUCUGGAUAGGCAUGUGGAUCGCACUGAUCUUGCUCAUAUUGGUUGCUAUCGACGCCUCGGCUAUUGUUUGCUACAUCACCCGAUUUACCGAAGAAAACUUUGCCCUUCUAAUUGCCACCAUUUUCAUUUACAAGGCCAUAGAGAAAGUGAUUUCGAUUGGUAACAAGUAUCCGAUGAACCCACCAGUCAUCAGCGAUUGCCGCUGUUUGCCGUCCAAUUCUUCCGUUGAUCGAGACGACAUGAGUUUCACCUGGUCGGAAAUUUCUUGGCAAGAAUGCCAAUCGGUUUACAAUGGAACUCUAGAAGGAACAGAUUGUCAUCUCAUCAACAAGCCUUGGUACCCGAACGUCUUUUUGAUGUCGAUUAUUCUAUGCGUUUCGACCUACUUCCUCUGUGUUACACUGAAGAACAUGAAACGGACCAAUUUCUUCCCAAACAGCGUGCGGCAAGUGAUUAGUGAUUUUGGUGUCUUCAUUACCAUUUGCUCCAUGUCUCUGAUGGACGCGAUGGCCGGCGUUCGAACACCAAAGCUAAUCGUGCCGGACGAAUUCAAACCGACAUGGGAAGGGCGCGGUUGGGUCGUGUCGCCAUUCAACAAUCCGUGGUGGACCAUUCCGGCCGCUGUAGCUCCUGCAAUGCUGGCUACCAUUCUCAUUUUUAUGGAUCAACAAAUCACUGCCGUCAUUGUCAAUCGCCGUGAAAACAAGCUCAAAAAAGGGUGUGGCUAUCAUCUGGAUUUGUUCGUGUUGGCCAUUUUAAUCAUCAUCAAAUCAAUUAUGGGACUUCCGUGGUUUGUGGCCGCUACAGUCCUUUCUAUCAAUCACGUCAACGCCCUAAAACUGCAAACAGAAUGCGCCGCACCGGGCGAGAAACCUCAGUUUUUGGGAGUCAAGGAACAGAGAGUGACUUUGAUUAUGAUUUCUACGAUGAUCGGCCUAUCCGUGUUUAUGACCCCCAUUCUGACUUAUAUUCCGAUGCCUGUACUGUUUGGAGUAUUCUUGUACAUGGGAACGUCUCCGUUGGCUGAUAUGCAAUUCUACGAUCGACUGUUGCUCCUUUUCAUGCCCACUAAAUACCAACCGGAUCAUAUCUAUCUCCGUAAAGUGACUCUACGCCGCGUCCACCUGUUCACCUUCAUUCAGUUGCUUUGUUUCAUUCUUCUGUGGGCCGUCAAAGAGAUCAACGCCAUCUCCAUCGCUUUCCCCCUGAUGUUGGUGGUUAUGAUUGGCGUUCGCAAAUCACUUGAUUUCAUUUUCACCAAGUACGAAUUGAAAGUGCUGGACGAUUUGAUGCCCGAGAUCCACACGAAGCACAAAGAAGAAGAUGAAGACGAAGAAGUAACCAAUCUAGCGGGCGGGACAAAUGUUGCCGCAGUCAGUCAAAUACAGAUGACUGACUACAGCAGUCCUAGUGGCAAAAACUUUCAAAUUCAACUACCGAAUGGCAACAUUAUGAACAUUCCUGUAGACAGUUCAACUGCUGGUGGAACCGCUAGUGGAGGUGCCAAAGCUAUGAACAUUUCCGAGGAAGUUAACCGAAGUGGUGUGUGGAAGACAGUUAACAUUGGCAACGUGCUUCCGGCUUCCACUUGCAUACAGGAGAAUAAACCGACUUGUCGCAACAAUCGGCGUAGAGAGAAAUAGAUCCAUUUACUUUCCGCAUCGUCAGGAUAUUAGUAUGUAAUUAUCACUGCGCCCUAUAUCUGUUACGUUUUUGUUUUCCCUUACGUUAAAAAAAAAAGGUGAUUGUGGGUUGGUUGACUUCCUCUUUUUUAACACUACAAGUUCGUAAUCAAAGAAGUAAUCGAAUAAAGACGUACGUAAUACGUUAACUUAGAAAAAAAAAGGCGAGCAAAAUUGCUCUUUUGUCCAUUCCAGUUUAGUCCGGAACGAGCGGGAAGGCGAUUGUGACGUGUUUCAAUGUGCUGUUGAUAUUGUAAUUUUUGCUAUUACUGUUGUUGGUCUUGAACGAGUUUUAAUCGAAGGCGAUGUGAUUUGCGUAGAAAGCUGUUGCUGUGUAGCUCAUGACGAAACAAAAAAAGUGGACGCAGGCAACAUACACGCGCCAGGUGAUUGAAUGUACUUGACCAUAGAGAAAAUUUAUUUAUCGCGUGUGUAGCCUUAAUUUUUUUCCCAGCAAAUGGUUGUAAACAUGACAAACGAUGGACGACGACGAAGGGAAAAUAGACUUAAACUCACGAUUCUUAU